AUGGCUCGCGCAGUAGCGGAUUGGUUGUCAAGUUUGUCACUUUCUCAGUACACGGAAGCGUUCAUCGAGAAUGGAUACGAUGACAUGACAAUGUGUCAAGCUCUCAACGAGGACGACAUCGAUGCGAUUGGCGUUGAGUCAGUGCAUGACAGGCAGUCCAUCUUGGCAGCGAGUCUGAAGCUGCAGGAGGAUGCUGCGUCGCGCGCCGUCUAUUACGAACUGCAGCCGGAGACGGACGAGGUAAGGAGCGAGAAGCCUGCGUCCAUGUAUAUGCAGUUAGAGGCGGAGCAGACAGUCAAGAUACCUAAAAUGAAACUCAAAAUUAUGAUUCGAGACGAGUUGAGAACGGACGACGUCGAUUUGGCAGAGGAACCGUAUUCGAACCCGGAUGGCACUCCUGGCGAGUCACUGAAUGAUUUAGUGGAGGUGUAUGCACUACAGUUCAGCACAUAUAUAGAAGAUGUCGAGUCGUGUGUAGAAACUCUAAGAAAAAGCAUCAUUUCAUCUCGAUUAUCAAUGAGCAGUCAAACUAGCCAACCUACCAGCCAACCUACUAGCCCUGUACAAAAGGGACAGCCGCAGAGACCUCAACCACCUUCAAAACCAGUGAGGAAACUUGCUGAUUCUACUGUGGAGACUGGGUCAAGGAAACCGCCUCCCAGACCAUCAUCCGCUUCAUCUGUUGGAUCGGAGUUGAAUAAUGACAAAGUCAAAAAGGCACCUCCUAAGCCACGACGUGCUCUACUUUCAGAGAAUCCAGGGGAUUAUAUUAAUUUUGAUGAAAUAGAAUCGUUACCGCCACCUGUAUCAGAACGAAGGAAAUCUCAAUCAGAGAAAGGUGACGAGCCAGAAGCUGCUCCUCGUAACACUGCAACUAAAGAAGGAGGUACUAGAGUGGCUCCACAGAGACCAAAAGCAAAACGGUUCUUUCGAAAACGUUCCCAGGAUGCUGAACAUACGAAUGACAAAGAAGACAGUGAAAAGACGAUAAAGACGGCAGAAGAUGACAUGGUCAUUGACGAGAGUAAUGAGUCAAUUGAAGCUGCUCAAGAAGAAAUGGCAGACGUGUCACGAGGAGACUCCAAACUAAGCGGUGUGAAGCAGUCUGUAUCCAGGGGUUUUCAAGAACUAAAGGUGAGACUUCGCAAGUUUAAAUCAACAGCUUCAGGAUCAUCCGCAUCCGAAUCGGCAUCUUCGUCACCUGCUGUAUCACCUCCACCAGCAAAUGUAGUUCCGGUUACGGACAUUGGUGGAUUUGUAGCUAAAGACAUUACAAUGAGCGAUGAUGAGAGGUUGAAACUUAUGACAAUGGUGAAGGAAGGGAAAUGCAGUAUUGACGAAGCAUUGUCUCAAAUACAACAGUAUGAGGAGGAGAGGCAGAUGAAGGCAGACGAAGACAAAGAGCCCGUGAUAAGGGAGGCAGUGGUAGAAGAGGAGGAUGACUUGCCAGUAGAAAAGACACAAGAACAAAAGAUGGUACCACCACCUAAACCAACUAGAUUGACAACAUCUGCUCAACUUCCACAAGAGGAGGAAGUUGGAGUGACAAAGGAGGAAGAGGUGAAGUCGCCUCCUCAACCUCCUACUCGACCUGUAGCUCCUCCGAGACGUAGCAGGCCUGUAACAAUGUCAAAUAGUGAAGCUGAAUCACAGGGACAAGUGACUGUAAAUGAAGCAAAAGGAAAACAAGAUGAUAACGAAAUAGAAGAAGAUCGAACGGCAGAAGCAAAGUCUGUCAAGUCAAAACUGAAGGACAUGAAAUCACGGUUAAGUGGACUCAUGCACGGGAAGAAAGCGUCACCACAUGCAAUUGUUGCAGAAAAGACAAUUGACGAGAAUGAAGAAGAACAUGACACACCAACUGUUGAUGCAAAAGCAAAUCAAGGUGCCGAUGGAGAGGAAGUAGGAGGAAAGUCGGCCAAAAAGGGAUUCUUUAAAAGUGUAGCUCGAAUUGGGAAAAAAGACAAGAGCAAGAAAGAGCAAACGGUUGAUAACUUGAUUGUUUUGGAAGAAGAUACAACUAUUGAUGAAACUACUGAUGAGCCAAGUGAGCAGACAGUAGUUAAAGGCAUCGACCCAGUGAUACAUGAGGUUGCUGCCGAAGACAAAUCUAAACGUUCUUCGACCUUUAUUGGUGGUUCUUUGAACAAACUAAAGGAAAAAUUUAAGAAAAAACAUCAGCAAGAGCCAAAGAUUGCAAUCUCUGAAGCCAAAGCUUGUGAAAAUGAGGGUUCUGCAUCAAAUGGAGCUCGGGUUUUGUUGAAUGCUGCCGUGUCAAGAGAAAGCAUCAGUAGUCAAGCCAGCGGAGGCAGUUAUGAGUCAUCCACUUCUACAUCAGAAUCUCCCGGUAUCUAUAGGGGACCUGUCGUUGGAAGAGCAAGGGUGUUACAGAAUUUUGUUCCAAGUGCAUAUGAUACCGAGUCACUCACGUUGAAGGUGGGAGACUUCAUCAAUGUGAUCCACACAUCUGAGGAUGGAUUGUGGACUGGUGAACUGAAUGGCAGGGUUGGCCAGUUUAAAUUCAUUUAUGUUGAAAUGCUGAAGGACGAGCCAGAUGCUUUGGCUGACAUGUCGUGUGCAUCGCCUAGUACUCAGCGAAAGACCAUACAAGAACUGCCAUCUACUGUUAAUGAAUUUCUAGUCAAACUUGGGUUACAAGAUCGGCAAGAGCAGUUUGUGCUAAAUGGCUAUGACAAUAUGGACGUUAUUAAGAAGAUUGAUAGAGUAGUUCUUGAUGAGCUUGGCAUAACUGAAGCUCAACAAAGAAAAGCCAUUUUAACAUUAGUAAAGCAGUUGAACGAUGCAAGUUCAAUAGAUACUACUGCUUCUCAUAAAAAGCUUGCACCAGUGCCUCCAGGUGCAAGGAGAAGUCCAGCUCCUGCUCCUCCUAUAUUCAAGCGUCCUACUUCGCUAUCUAGAUUGGCAUCAGAAACUGAAGCAUCAAUAUGUGACGAGGUCAAGGCCAAGAAACAGGCACCUCGUCCUCCAGCAAACAAACCAGUGAGCCAACGAAGUGGUGAAGCGGUAGCUUCUCCCACUGCUAGCAGGAAAACUCCUCUAAAGCCGGAGUCUAUUCAACCAAAACCUGGAGAUGGUGAAGCAGCCGUCAAGUUAUCUCCGCGGCCAUCAGUUAGACGACUCGCUCCUCAUGCACCAGGCACAAAAGGGAGUGUUUCUGACGAUGGUAGCAAACAAGUUCCUGCUUCUAGUCAUGUUCAACAUCAACCACAUGCUGGCAACAAUACAGUAAGACCUUUGCCGAGAAAGCGUGUUGGCACAUCAGCUGAGAGUCCAUUGAGGGUGUCCAGAGUUGUAGAUCCCAAGCCACAACCGAGGCUCAGGAGUGCAACAGUGUCUGCAAAACCGGUUGCAACACAACGGGCAAUACCCGCGUGUGAAGAAAAACAACCAAGCUCUAAUAAUGCACGCUCAGAACCCGAGGUAGCUAACCCAGCACCACCACGACAGAAGCCGGUCAAACCAAGCCCUUUCGCUGGCACCAAACCAGUAGUGCGACCUGUAGCUGUUGCUGUGCUGCAGGAAACAGGUACAGGUAAGCCAGCAUUGACACCUGCAGCUAAACCAACACCACCUACCAAACGUGUACUGCCUACUCAAGCCAAACAUUCUGCUGUACCCCCUAAGCCCAUCCAAACAACACAAACAACUCCACGUGUUUCAAAUGGUGUACCAGCGAGUGAUCCUUCAAGACCUGUAGCUCCAGCAAGAAGACACAGAAAGCCAAUCACCUCUCCUAUUAAUCCUAGUAUUGUAAAGAAACUUGUAGUAGAUCGGAUCGAUUUAACAGAAGCACCGUAUUCUGCAGAGGAUGGUGCUUGUGGUAUUCCUGUUGGCUUGAUCCAUCGGUAUGCAGAAGAAUUAAGACUCUCACCGAAAGAUGUUGCUACAAAUCUUGAAAACAUGCGAUCAAAUGAACUAAAGGAAGCAGGGAGGGAAGUGGUUGCCAUGGAUUCAAGUAUUUCAGAGACAGAUUGGACUGAUAGCGUAAACACGGUAUCUGUCGAGUCCUUUCUACUGUCUGUUGGACUUCCAUUCCUUAUCGAUUGCCUCUCGAGUGAACUAACCGACAUGAAGAAAAUGAUUGAUGUCAGUGAUGAAAAAUUACUAGAAUUAGGGGUGAGGGAUCCAAGGCACUUGAAGCGAAUAAACAGAGCCAUAGCUGUUGUAAAGGAAAAAACCUAGUGCCUGUUGUUGUUUUGUGAUACAAUACAAGUUAGAGCAUUUUGUGUAUUUCUAACUGCCCUUUCAUUUGAUGUUUUGGGGUUUUGUAAUUUUUAUGAACUCAGUUUCACGCAUAGAGAUGUUAGUUAACAUGUAAUGAUGGCUAGUGCUUUGUUGCUACUAAUGCGAUAUAUCGAGGAGAAAUUAUAUCGUUAAACAUUGCAAUCA